GAAGAAGCCGGCUGGCGGACGCCAAAUUGUUUCUUUGAAUGGAAUUCAUAGCUCAUUUCACGUCCACAACUGAAACCCCUAAAUAUACUCCUGUAGUGCUGGCUCAGUAUCAUAUCUCAUCGGAAAUCAUCGUUGUUUUGCUGAAUUUUACCGUCAAUGGCUCCGAUAGCAGUUGGUGACUCAAUUCCCGAUGGAACCCUAGCUUAUUUCGACGAGCAGGAUCAACUUCAGAGCGUUUCAAUUCACUCCCUUGCCGCCGGUAAAAAGGUCAUACUCUUUGCCGUUCCAGGUGCUUUCACUCCCACUUGCAGCAUGAAGCAUGUGCCUGGAUUCAUUGACAGGGCUGACGAGUUGAAGUCAAAGGGAGUUGAUGAAAUCUUGUGCAUCAGUGUGAACGACCCAUUUGUGAUGAAGGCAUGGGCUAAGACUUACCCUGACAAUAAGCACGUAAAGUUUCUAGCUGAUGGCUCUGCAAGUUACACUAAGGCACUUGGUCUCGAGCUUGACCUCUCGGAAAAAGGUCUUGGCACUCGGUCUAGGAGGUUUGCCCUCCUGGUUGAGGACUUGAAGGUGAAAGUUGCUAAUGUUGAAGCUGGUGGAGAGUUCACCGUUUCAAGCGCCGAAGAAAUCUUGAAAGCGCUGUAGUUUCCCCUCUCCCCUAUGCGUCGAACUUCUAUACUGCUUCCUUUUACUUUCUAUUAUCUAUCCUAGUUUGUCUCCUUUACUCUUUUUAAGGAUUUGAGCUUUUUCGACUGAAGUGAUACUGGUUAUGCAUGUUUAAUGAAAAUAAAAGAGCUGUUUCUUCGUUUCCAAAGUU